AAUGAGGGCGUGUGGACGGUGCUUCAACCGGAAGAGCAUGAGCUGAGGAGGCGGGAGACCGUCUCCUCGACGUUCAAAAUCCCGGUAUCGACCGAGUCGUCCACGACCCUGAAGACCUCGGCAACGAGCGAGGCGAGCUCGAAAUCAGAGACCUCGACCAAGACGUCAGCCUCGUCGACGUCUACCUCCACCUCCACCGCGACCGUCUCGACAAGCCCGCUACCGAGCUUUUUUGACGGUGGGCUGUCGAGCUCUUACGUCUCCUCGACCUGCCCGACCUUUAUCGACAACAUGAUCGCGGCUGAUGAGUUUCAGGCCUGUUACCCCAUCUCGCUGCUGCUUCAGGGCUCUACUUCGUUCUUCGCCGCUGAGGAGUCCCUCGUCACUAUCUCUACAGUCCUGGACCACGCCUGUGCAGCCAAUGUCACCAGCUGCGCGACGUACCUAGCGGAUGUGGCCACAAACCUGACCAAGACCGAGAACUGCGGGGAUGACUACGACGGCGGCACCUCGACCGUGGUAGAUGCCUACAUGGGCCUGGUCGCCUACCAGGUCGUGUACAGCGCGACCUGUCUCAAGAACGACGACACCUCUGCCUACUGCUUUGGCGACGCUGUUACCAACUCGACUGACCCUACCGAGACGUACUUUUAUUUCCUGCCUCUCAACUCAACGCUGCCCGGCAGCACCGUCCCCAACUGCGGAAGCUGCCUGCAGGACACCAUGAGCAUAUACCACGUCGCCACCGCCAACAGGAAACAGCCCAUCGCCAACACCUACGUGAGCGCCGCUCAGGAUGUCGAUGUCAUUUGUGGCCCGACCUUUGCCAACACCACCCUGGCCGAGGCCAUGACUACCAGCGGGGCUUUCUCAGCACUACGCCAAGGGUCGUGGUCGUCAUCGUCGCCGUGGUUGUUGAUCGUUACGACGUCUGCGGUUUUGGCCAUGAGUUGGCUAAUGUAA